CAGGAUUGACGUGAUAUUAUCAGAGCAGUCACGAGCCCACGAGACGAGCUUGGUUAGCUUGGAUGUCGUAAUUGUCAUUUUUUCACGGGCGCCUGAACGAUCAACAUGUCCGUCAGCCGUGUGUCGCAGAUUUUAUUCUCGCGCGUGUCGCACGUGGCCCGAAAACCGCAGCAGUACGUCGCGCCCGCCUUCAGGUAUUAUUCUUGCCAAACUGGCAAUUAUGAAUUCAUCAAAGUCGAGACUGUGGGUGAAAAGAAGAACGUGGGCAUUAUCACCUUGAACAGGCCAAAGGUUUUAAAUGCUCUGUGCGAUCAAUUAAUGACCGAAAUAAAUCACGCCUUGGAGCAUAUGGACUCGGAUUCGGCCAUCGCCGCCAUCGUUCUGACCGGAAGUGAAAAGGCAUUCGCAGCUGGUGCCGACAUCAAGGAAAUGAAGGAUAACUCGUACGCAUCGAACUUGAAACAUAACUUUAUAGCUCACUGGAACGGAGUUGCCAAAAGCAGAAAGCCCCUAAUUGCUGCCGUAAAUGGUUUUGCUUUGGGCGGAGGGAACGAGCUCGCAAUGAUGUGCGAUAUUAUUUACGCCGGUGACAAAGCCAAGUUCAGCCAACCAGAAAUCGCCAUCGGCACGAUUCCCGGAGCAGGCGGUACCCAGAGGCUACCCAGGAUCAUCGGCAAGAGCAAGGCCAUGGAAAUGGUACUCACCGGCAACAUGAUAUCCGCGGAAGAAGCUGAGAGAAGCGGUUUGGUCAGCAAAGUCUUUCCCGCUGACAAAGUCGUCGAAGAGGCGGUGAAACUGGGCGAAAAGAUCGCAUCUCACUCACCGUUGGUUGUCGCGAUAGCUAAGGAAGCUGUUAAUGCUGCAUACGAAACCACAUUGCAACAGGGACUUCUGUUCGAAAAGAGACUGUUCCACAGCACUUUCUCUCUGGCUGAUAGAAAGGAAGGAAUGGCAGCUUUCUUGGAGAAGCGCUCGCCGAAAUAUACAAAUCAGUAGAUUUUGCAUUUAUCUCUGUCUGCGAAAAGAGAGAAGGAACGCGAAGUGUUCAUGAAUAUUUUUAAAAAUAUUUUUAUACUGCAUCUUUUUGUAAUGAAAACCCUUUCUAAUGUGUCUUGCCUUUGCUUUUCACUGAUCGAUAGAUCUAUCAAACUUCUGUUUGAAACUCUCUUCUUUCUCUUUGAGAGAGAGAAAAAAAUGUUUAUAUAUAAUGUUCAGUUAAGAGGUUAAACAUGAGAUAUUUACCUAUUAUAUUUGUUACGACAUAUACAUGUAUAUACUGCAAUAAACUUUCGCAAGAAACAAUGCAACGAUGAGUGAUUGCAAGAACAGGCGCAACGUUCAAA